UAUAUCUUUAUAUAUUAAAAGUGUCUAUCUAACGGCAAUUCUUGGUUUAACGUUUUGAUAUUUUUCUCUGUUAACUUUAACACUUCUCCGUUAACUUUAACACUUACGCCACUAUACAUUAAUCUUAAGGGAAAUAAAAUUACGGAAACAAUCUUUUUAAACGAUUAUUUGUUCAAGAUCGUGUUUACCGAAGAAUUAGGUGUUGAAAAAUCCAACAAUCUUUGUGAAGACUUCAAAUUACUUCAAAAAAAUCCGGGUAAAAUCUGCUUCGACGAUGAUGAUUUUACAAAGAGAAAUCGGAUCUUUUGAUUCUCAGGAAGGAGGAAGUAAUUUGGAGGCAACCAUAGAGCAAUAUCUGAAUAUGGAGAAGCAGAGAGCAAUAUGACAGAGCAAUUGCUCAAUAUCGUUAGAAUCCAAAAUCCCCAAACUAUCUUUUUUGAAAAGAUUUUACGCUUCCAGAUAUCCUUGGAUGGACCUAAUCACAAAAUAAACCAGUGGACUACAGGGGAAAAUGGCAUAAUUGGAUGCCAGAGUAAGGAGAAGAUCAAAUUUCAUGCUGAGAGAUUACUUAAAAAAUGGGAUAUUCACAUUAAUAGAAUACAGUACUCUAUACAUAUACUACUACUACUAUUCAAUAUUUCAAAUUCAAAAAGAUUCUUUGGUGUGGGCUACAGUCUACACUUGGCUCUUCAAAAAGAGGUUAGGUCAUGUUCAACUUUUAGCCACCGGUCAUUCUUUCAUCGACCACACUUAAAAUGAGAUUUAUUAUUCUUUCUCUUUCUCUUUGAAUUUUCCAAUUCUCACUUGCUGUUUUCCUUUUAGUUGUUCGCUUAAACUUUGCACUUUGCAGCUCACCCUAUCCAUAAAUGUUGUAUUUUAAUUUUUAGGCCUAAAGUGCGGUACUUAUAUUUAUAGUCAGUGAAAUUAUUACAUUAAUCUUUUUUCUUUCUUAUUGUUCUAUUGGAUGUUCAUAUGAAGUGUCGCACUUCUGUUUAUAGUCAAUGAAAUGAUUACUAUUCUUUGAUCAUUCUUUUUGUUCUAUUAAUAGUUUGGAGGUUGAUAUAAAGUGAAGUGUCUUGUAACUAUAAUAGCCUGGAAGUAGAGCGCGCAGUCAUGACAAUUGGUGAUGAAUCUGAGAUUACUGGGAACGUGAGGCAUGAGGUUCGUGUUUAAACUUUAAUUUAAAAUUCUGCUUUAGACAACUUCUUCAGACACUAUCCCAAAAUUCCUCAGGCUUGGUUAAAGAGAAGAUUGCUAAUAGGCCAAUCCAGUACGAGAGAUUUGAUAUUCGGGAUUGCAAGGUUGAAUAAAUUCAAUCUAUUUGGAAAAGUUAUUAUCACUUAGGUCAAAUUUUGCCUACUCUUUUGUGCUCCUUAUUUGUAAUGAUUCAAAAGAAUGUUCUUGGAAACCCUUGUCUGAGGCUGAAAAAAUAAUUGAUGAAUAAGUUGCAUGGCUCUCGACGAGAUGUAAUUAGAUAUGAGGUUUGGGAAUUUCUCUUUCUUGUCUUGCUUUCGCCAUGACAAACUGCAAGGUCUGACUUGCUUGAGAGAGAAGAGUUUGUAUCAUAUCAUUUAAGUUUUUUUUUGUUGAAUUUCAAGUGACUUAUGCAAAGAUUAUAGCUUUAAUUUUCUCUCUUUUAAUCCUCCUUUAUUUGGUAAACAUAUGAACUUAACUUCCAUUAAUCAUAGCAAUGUAAUAUCCAUCACCUAAAACUAUUUGCAAUAAAUAAUUGAGAGACA